AUGGCUCCACCCCAAACUGAGGUCAAACGCUGUAGCUUCCCUGAGGAUUUUAUUUUCGGUGGUGCAACAUCUGCAUAUCAGGUAGAAGGUGCUUGGAAUGUAGGUGGUAAAGGCUGGAGUAAUUGGGAUUAUAUGACAGAGAAAUUUCCUGCUAGCAUUGCGGAUGGUUUAAAUGGAAAAGUGGCAAUUGAUCACUAUAACAUGUUCAAGGAAGAUGUGGCUUUGAUGAAAAAACUUGGUUUGGAAUCUUAUAGAUUUUCAAUUUCGUGGUCCAGAAUCUUACCAGAUGGUAAACUAUGCGGAGGCAUAAGAAAAGAAGGAAUCCAAUUCUAUAACAAUCUUAUAGACGCGCUCUUGAAAGAAGGUUAG